AUGGAGUCAAGAGGCGAGGAAGAGGAUGUGCGGAGAGUCAGAGAAGGACAAGUGGGGGCGGCGGUGCACCGAUCUCCCGCGUCCGCGGGAGACACCUCGUGGGCCAAGGGGGGAAGCAGUAGACCUGGGGAGCUCAAGACACAGCAGACUGAAUGUGGGGCCCGAGAGUACGGCCCCGAAGGCAGCAGGGAUGCAGCAAACCCACCAAGACAGGCGGCAAGCGAAGCAGAGGCGCCGCAGGAGUGGAGAGGCGACAGUGCCAGGGUGCUACACAGUUGCAGCCCCAGAUAA